ACAAGAGUCGGGCUUAGAACGCAGUUUGUUAUCUCUGAACUUUGACGCUGAAAAAAGGAGGAGACGGUAAUAGAGAGAAACAGCACAAAGGAGCAGCAGACUUUAUCCUGCAGUAGUGACGGCUGACGUCAGCAUUUAUACAACUAUUCAGACACAUUAGUACUGGACGGUUCUCCUCCUUCUCUGGGAUGUCUGCCAGCGUUUGUGUCACCGUCACGCUCCUCAUGAGUGUUGUGGGGAGUCAGGCGCUGGACCUGCUGAGGGUUACUACAACAUCAGGGGAUCCUCCCUCCACUCCCACAGUGCAUUGCUGGUGUUCAAACUAUCCAAACGCGACUUUCUGCACCUGGCCGAAACCUUCCCGCUCCCCUCCAACGCAUUACAUUGCCACCUACAGUGAGAGGCACGGACAGAACAGCACCGAGCGGUGCCACCUCAUCCCACCCGGCUCUUCAUCCUCGAUUUCAGCCCCGUCAUCUGCCUCUGACGACCUCUGGCGCUGCUACCUGCCCAACCUGAAGCUUCUGACAGACUACAUCAUCAACAUCACAGCAGUUCAUUCUGAAGGCAGCAGCUCCCAUCUAAUGAUUUUUAUGAUGGAGGAUAUAGUGAAGCCAGACCCUCCUGUACAAGUGCGGGUUUCCCCUCAUAAUGUCAGAAACCUGAUGGUGAAGUGGUCUGCUCCCCCUACGUGGACCAGCCUGGACAUCUUCCCCUUAAAAUACCACAUACGGUACCAGUGGAACAACAGGGGCACGCCGAUGUCUUCCAAUCUGGGUCCACUUGAGGACACCAAGAUUGAACUGAAGGGGCUGACCCCCGGGAGGACCUACCUGUUCCAGGUGUGCGCCAGAGAGCUGCUGGGUCUGGGCGAGUGCAGCAACUGGAGUUCACCUGUAGAAAUCACGAUACCGAGAACAAAACCGUAGGGACUCCCUCUCACUUCCUCUUUUGUUUCCCCAUCGCCUGUUAAGCUAGCAGUGAAGGAAGCGGUUUUGUUCUUAGUCGCACAAACAAUGCAAAGCAAAAGUUAAUGAUAUUUAUUUAUGAAGGAGUGAAUUGAUCUGUACAGUACGCAGCAUCAGUUUGAAUUAAAAUAACUAAUUUAUUUUGUAA